AUGGCCGCAAACACUGCCUCCGUCCAACCGGGUCUUUUGCGCCUGAAGCAAGGAACCAACCUGAUCGACCCGAACCCGGGUCUGGUGGUUUACUGGAUGUUCAGAGACCAAAGGGUCAAAGACAACUGGGCGUUGACUCACGCCGUGGAAGAAGCCAACAAGGCCUGUGUUCCGGUUGCCGUCGCCUUCAAUUUGUUCGAUCAAUUUCUUGGCGCCAGCCAAUUAGGGUUUAUGCUGAGAGGCUUGAAGCAAUUGCAUUCUGAUCUUGAACAUACGCAUCAAGUUCCGUUCUUUCUUUUCCGGUACCCAAUUGAAUCAAUUCAUGUUUAUAAAUGUUUGUUGUUUGUUGAUUUUCCUGCAUUGCAGCCGCCGGUUGUGAAAUGGGUGGGAACAAGUCCGUCGGUUGAUUGGGAUGGUCUUAUUGAUGAAAUUUUGAGGAAAGGAGUAGAAGUUGACUGGUUUGAACCGGGAGAGAAGGCAGCAAUGGAAGUUUUGAUGGGCAGUAAAAAUGGAUUCUUGACAAAAAGGUUGAAUGGUUAUUCAUCCAGGAAUAACACUUUGAAACCAAGUGGGUUGUCUGGCCUUUCUCCAUAUUUGCAUUUUGGGCAAAUAUCUGCACAGAGGUCUGCCUUGGAGGCACGUAGCGUCCAAAAACUCAGUCCUGUGGCAGUGGAUGCAUUUUUAGAUGAGUUGAUUGUGCGCAGAGAACUUGCCGACAGCUAAUGCUUCUACCAGCCUCAAUAUGAUUCAUUGCAAGGGGCAUGGGUAUGGGCACGUAAGACCUUGAUUGACCAUGCUUCGGAUAAGCAUGAACAUAUAUACACGAGGGAGCAAAUGGAGAAGGCACAAACAGCUGAUCCUCUCUGGAAUGCCUCCCAAUUUGAGAUGGUUCAUUAUGGGAAGAUGCAUGGUUUUAUGCGGAUGUAUUGGGCAAAAAAGAUUCUUGAGUGGACAAGAGGACCUGAAGAAGCCCUUGAAAUAUCCAUAUAUUUGAAUAACAAGUAUGAAUUAGAUGGAAGGGAUCCAAAUGGAUAUGUUGGUUGCAUGUGGUCAAUAUGGGGUGUUCAUGACCAGGGUUGGAAGGAACAUUCAUUUUUUGGGAAAAUACGUGUCAUGAACUAUGCAGGCUGCAAAAGGAAAUUUGACGUGGAUGGAUAUAUCCUAUGUGAAGAGGCUUGGUACAACCAAGAAGAGAAGUGCAGAAAUCUCGUACUCGGUAAAAAGGCCAAGGAACUCUGCAGGUAGUACUCGGGGUACUGUAAUAAGUGAAUAUGGUAUUAUGCAGAAUUGUUGCUCAUGAGUCAUGACUUGCGGUUAUAACUGCAGUCGCUGAUGAUAAUUUUUAUUAUUAUUGCACUGAAUUCCUUAGAAGAUAAAGAUUUGGAGG